AUGUCUGAAAUACGCAGGUCGUCUAGAAUUAGGACUAAAUCGAGCGAAGACGUUCAAGAGGUGGAAGCUGAUGCCGAUUUAGAUGUAAGUGGCAUCGAGAGUGAUAGUAGUAGUGAAGAAGGGGGUAACGAUGACGAUGACUACGAGGAGCCUUCUUCAAAGAAAAGGCGUAAAACCAGCAAUUCUCAAAGUGGCAAGGGUAGGAAACGUGUAAAAAGUAGUGGGAAUGGUACUACGUCCGGUUCCAGAUCUUCAACUGCUUCUAAACAGGAUCAAGAGACUUAUUUGGAGACAAUCAAGGAUUUCCAGCCCACCGAGCUGUUUCAAGUACUUGCUACAUCUGAAGAUCUUUCCAUUGAUGAGCUGUUGAGAGAUUCGCUCGAGAGUUACAGUCAAGAUAGAGAUAGAUUUUUGCAAGAAUUUAUCAACUUAUUACUAUGUUGUUGUGGAGCUAUUGCUAGAUUAGAAGUGCACGAUGUGCAUAGUAAUGAAUCAUCUAAUGAAACCGUCGGUGAAUUGCAACUUUUAUUCCAAAGGCAAAAGGUUCACGAAUUCCAUCUUUUAAUCAGUAAAGAUAGUAAGAAGAAAAGUAAGUAUCCACCAUUGUACGCAAAUUUUGUGGAAUUCAUGUUUAGACUCAUGGAUGUAGCCAAUGAUUUGCAACUGCUUUAUGUGGAAUCUGAUGAAGAUGAGUCAGAGAUUGGUACGGGUCCAUUAAUCAUAGACUUACUCACAUGGUUGUCACCAUUAUCGGUCUGUAAAAUAAGAUCUUUGAGAUACAUUGCUACUUUAACGCUGUAUCUGUUUCAGGAUUUUCUCACUGAUCAUGUAGUAGAUUUGGAUAAAAACUACCUUUCCAAACUUUCCAAACAACUGUCUGUAGAAAAUAAGAAGAAAAGACCUAAUGGUAAGACAGUUGAAAAAUUAGAAUCAACAAUUGCAGAGAUUCAAAGUAGUAAGAUGGUUACACAGGGAAUCAUUGAUAAUAUUAUCAAAUUAUGUUUUGUGCAUCGAUUUAAAGAUGUUGAUGAAACAAUUAGGUGUGAAUCAAUGGUUCAUUUAGCGUCGUGGACCAAAAGUUUCCCGGAAUAUUUCCUCAAGGUAACCUUCUUGAAAUAUUUUGGUUGGUUAUUAAGUGAUUCAUCAGUGACAGUUAGAUUGCAAGUAUUAAAGAUUCUGCCACAAUUAAUCUCACAGCAUCAUAAUAGGGCUGUAGAUAAUUCGGCGGUACGUCAAUUUUUCGAGAGGUUUAAAGAGCGCAUAUUAGAGAUUGCAUUAAAGGAUUCCAACUUAGAGGUUAGAUUAAGUGCAGUUCAAGUAUUGGUAGAGGUUGCAUCCUUGGGUUAUUUGGAAGAUACAGAAAUUUUAUCGAUCUCCAGUUUAAUCUUUGAAGAUAAUGAAAUCAAGGUUUCAUCUCUUGGGAAAAAUUCAAGGUACCUUGCAUCCGUGGCUAAAUUUUUUGCUUGCAUUACAGAGGAAAAAUUCCAAGAAUUUACAAAUAAUCGUGUUUUACCGAAGGAGUUGUUCGAUGUCAAGGGUUCAUCAGCGGUUAGAAUUGGAAUUUUCAUGAACCUUUUAAAUGAAUCACUGACAGAGUAUCUUCAAAAAGUACCUCAAAUUGGCUCAGAAAAAAGAAUUCAUAUUCUUUUCCAAGCUGCAGAGUUUUUGUACCCAUAUUUCGGAUCUCUGAUUAAAGAUAUUUGUAAGGUACUAACAUUUGAAGGUGAAUUCACCCACGAAUCUUUAGAGACCCCGACAUACACGGGUGAUAAUAACAACGAAGAAAAUAAUGAUGAGAACAACCGUUCUAAUUUGCUCCUACCGACUGACUCAAACAAUAUCAUUCUCUAUGUGACUACUUUGCAUGGAUUAGCCUAUGGUGGUACUCACAUGAGGGGGCAACCGAAAUUUAAAGUUGCAGAAGCAGUACUACCUCAUUUGGAUCAAUUGAUUAAACGUUUACCUAUUGAAUCGAGCAAUGUCUUAGCAUCCAUAUUAGGUGUUUUCAAUUUAUUCGCCUUUGAAGAUUGGAUACAUACAGGUUAUGAAAAAGAUAUCCGUAAGAUUUUAGAAAAGAUAAUUAAGGCAUUCAACGAAAGUACUCUAACAUCGGGAGCUCAGGAUUUGAAAUACAAAUCAUUCUCAGAAACUGUGUCUCAAGUCAGGAAACUGGGAUUCAAUGAGUUAGAUGAACUAUGGUUAAACCAUAUUUCGCAAUUGAAAAUCCAUUUGGGUAAAUUCCUUGAGGAGAAACUGCAUCCUGAUGUCCAAGACACGGAAAAUGACGAAAACAUGAAUACUCUAUAUGGGGUGUUUUUGAAUAAAUUGGCAUUAUUGGGCAAAGUAUACCCAAUAGAAUUCCAAGAAAAUUUAUUGUCACUCUUCUUGAACAGAUUUGUACAAAGAUUACCUCAGAUAGGAGUUCAUUGUCAAUUAGAAACCAUCCAAGAAAUUCAUCUGAAAUUAUUAGCGCUGCUAACCACAUGGCAAUUACAAAAAUGGGUCGAUAUCCUUGAAAAAUCGUCAGAAAACGAUUCUCCAUCACCAGUUUCAGAAUUUUCUUUGCGGACCGUUAGUUCUAUUGUGAAAUCUUUCAAGGUUAUCUUUGAUGCACUGUCAAGUGAUACCAAUGAUAACGAUGGUACUCUAGGGGACUUCCUUCUAAAAUGGUCCACCAGUAACUCUUUUAUCGAUAUUAUAAUAUCAUUAAAAGUAUUUGAACUGGGUGUAGCUGAAUCUGAAAAAUCAUGGAGACAUGCUUUACGUGAGAAUUUUGUUCCCUAUGUUACUGAUAGUGCCAACCAAGUUCUUUUGAAAGUUUUCCUGUAUUUGGAGAGUUUAUUUGCCAAUGAAUCAUCUGAACAUUUGGACAGAAACCCGCAAGAAGAUGUGAAUCUCAACGAUAUUAAAUACGAUGGCUUUGGAGACGGUUGCGAGAAGGAACUUUUACUAUUCACAAUAAAAUUGAAGGGAUUGAUGAAAUUGGGACUUUUAGAUGAAGCUCUCUUCUCUAGAAUAGCACUAAACAAGGAAAAAUUGGGACCACUAUAUGCCAAAGUGAUCGAAGAUACCAUAUUUGAUCAAGACAAGAAGGGAAGAGUUCCACCCGCUCAUCAUCAGAAGAGUGCCAUAAACCAUUAUAAUGCAGAGGAAUUGGAACCUAUUGAUGAACAAUCACAAGAAGAUGAACCUGCUGAAAUUGAAAUGCUUAGAAAUGAUCCAAUAGAUGAUUCGGAGAUAUGA